AAAAGCCUGAGGUUCAAUUUUUAAAAAUUUGAAAGCAUUGAUGCUUUAUUAGCAAUUAAAAAAUCAACUAAUUUUCACUACUAUUCCCUCCUCUUACUCACACUCUCUCUCCUCUCCCACUUUCUCUUUCUAAGCUAAGCUCCAGCUUGGUGACGCAAAUGGACUCACUCUUAUAAUUUAACACAACUUCCACAUCUUUAUUUCUCUCUUUCUUUUCAAACCAAAAUUCUUUGAUAGCUGUUGAAAACAACAUCUUUUUCCAAUUUAUCAUUUCAACACUAAAUCUUUGAUGUUCAUUACUAUUAUUAUUAUGUCGGAAGUUAAAUUUCAGAGGAAAAAAGUGUAGAUUUCUAGGGUUUCUUUGUCGGAAUUUUUUGUAUUGGUGGAGGAGAGAGAAAUUCUCGGAAUCUGUUGUUGAAAAUGCCGGCAACUCAGAAAUCAAAGCCGGAGAAAAAUGAACAACACCAACAACAACCGCAGCUUCGGCGUGACCCGUAUGAAGUUCUUGGCGUUUCUCGAAAUUCCACCGAUCAAGAAAUCAAAUCCGCUUAUCGCAAAUUAGCGCUUAAGUAUCAUCCUGACAAGAAUGCAAAUGAUCCUAAGGCAGGGGAUAUGUUCAAAGAGGUCACAUUCUCUUACAACAUACUAUCAGAUCCUGAGAAAAGGCGUCAGUUUGACGCUGCUGGUUUUGAGGCUGUUGAUUCAGAAAGUCAAGAACUUGAGCUGGAUCUUUCAAGUUUGGGAACUGUAAAUACAAUGUUUGCAGCACUAUUUAGCAAACUUGGUGUGCCCAUAAAGACCACAGUCUCAGCAACAGUGUUGGAAGAGGCAUUAAAUGGUAGAGUAUCUGUCUCACCUCUUACACUAGGCCAGCCUCUAUUUAGAAAGGUAGAAAAACAAUCUGCCCAUUUUUACUCUGUCACAAUAACUGAAGAGGACGCGCUGGGUGGACUUGUCUGCCGUGUGCAAUCAUCUGAUAAAAGCAAAUUUAAGCUAUUGUAUUUUGAACAGGAAGAGAAUGGUGGUUUAAGUCUUGCUCUACAGGAAGACAGCACCAAGAGUAGAAAGGUUACAUCUGCUGGAAUGUAUUUUCUUGGGUUCCCUGUUUACCGGUUGGAUCACGCUGCUAAUUCGGCGGCAGCUGCAAAGGAUCCAGAUGCUGCCUUCUUUAAAAAGCUGGAUGGGCUUCAACCGUGUGAACUGACUGAACUAAAAGCUGGAACCCAUGUUUUUGCAGUCUAUGGUGACAAUUUUUUCAAAAGUGUGAGCUACACUAUUGAAGCUCUUUGUGCUUCACCCUUUAUGAAGGAGAAGGAUGACCUUAGAGAGGUGGAAGGACAAUUAUUAACUAAAAGGGCGGAACUCUCAAAGUUUGAGAGUGAAUACAGAGAAGUUCUUACCCAAUUUACUGAGAUGACAAGUAGAUACACAAAAGAAAUGCAAGCGAUUGAUGACCUUUUAAAACAGCGAAAUGAAGUCCAUGCCUCAUAUACAGUUGCUCCUCCAAUGAAGCGUAGUUCGAGUAAAACCAAGAGGAGUUCAACGAAAGAGCCUAAAGAAGAGGGUUACCCAAAAGAAAGGAAGCCUGUUAGGGAAAGGCUGAAGAAGAAGAAAUGGUUUAACAUCCACUUGAAGGUCGAUAAAAGGAAGGCAUGUUGAGUCCUCCAUAAGUUAAUGUGAUAAUAUAUAAGCUUUUUCAUCUCAGAGUUUGAGAUAAUUUUUUCAGUCGUGGCGUGCGGAGAAUCUCUAAUCCAGCUGCUUGGAUUAAUGGAUAAUCCAUCUGUGACUGUCAUUAUGUGCCAAGGUUCAGGAUAUAUGGCAAGCAUUUCUUGGAAAAUCAGAUGCACCAGGCAUUCAUCCAAUUGCCAAUAUGUAAACAUAUUGGUUUACGCAACUCUUGUAAAGUGUUAGGCAUUCAUUUUAUUGUAAAAUUCAUUCAUGUAGUUCCUUUUUCCCUUUUUUU